AUAAUAAUACUACUAAUAAUAACCAUAACCCUACUGGUAGAAAAAUCUGUCAUAAAAACCUCACCUGUAGAUCUGCAGUUUAUUUGAAGCCAAGCAAUUUCGGGUGAAAUGGGUUCAACAGAACACGAUAGAGUGCUAAAUAAGAGGUUUAAUGCUAGCGAUGCUUCAUAUGUAAACGCCAAUACUGAAAUCAUUUAGAGCCAUUCUUUUAACAAAACUGCAUCCAUUCCUUGUCGGUAAAAGACGGUUUCUGUAUGUUUGUGUUGAUAGAAACCAGACGCGCUGAUGUACGGUUAUAUUGACCAGGCCGGGCGCUCGCUGAGAAAGAGCCGUAUUGUUGCGCGUCACUCUCACGCGGAUCUUGUAACUGGAUCAGAUUAAUGGUUUCGGUUUCUUGGCAUCGCUGGAAAGUUUCUGUUUCUUCAUCGUUUCCUCACUGGUCCCCCCUCGCUGAUAUAUAAAGCGCUGAUAUUGCAAGUGCGGGCAUUGCUGUUAACCUGUCGACACAGAUAGCAUCCUGAAAUCACGAUGGAUAUGACUGGGAGCAAAUUGUACUUGUUGUGUCUGGGCUUCAUGUUGGCAUCACUGGAAACAAAGGCACAUGAUCAUGAUGCACUGGAUAAAUGCUUUACUGAUCCUGACUAUCUGCAGUUACUGCAAAUCGCUCAGAACGGUCUGAAGAAGACGUCUUCUCCGAAGCGCAUCAUCAUCGUGGGAGCAGGAAUCUCUGGCUUGACUGCAGCAAAACUACUGGAGGAUGCUGGACAUGAGAUCAUAUUGAUUGAAGCGAGCCAGCGCGUUGGUGGACGUGUGCACACCCACAGGAAUGAGAGCGGGGGCUGGUACGCUGAACUGGGAGCAAUGAGGAUACCCAGUUUUCACAGGCUUGUCCUGACCUUCGCUGAAAGAAUGGGUUUAAAACUGAACCCCUUCAUUGAGGACAACAGGAACACCUGGUACCAGGUGAACGGGGUCCACAAGAGAGCCUACACUGUGGAGGAAAAUCCAGAUGUGCUGAGGUACCCUGUGAGCGCCCAGGAACGAGGGAAAUCAGCAGGGAGGCUCUUCAAUGAGUCUCUGUCAAAGGUGAUGGAUGAUCUGAAGAAGAGUGGAUACAAUUGCAGCGAGGUGAUGGAGAAAUACGACUCCUACUCUGUGAAGGAGUAUUUAGUUAAAGAGGGUAACCUGAGUGAAGGGGCUGUGCGCAUGAUUGGAGAUAUUCUCGAUGAGAACAGUUUCUUUUUCACCGCCUUCACUGAGAGUCUAAGAAUCGAAUAUGACAUCAAUGAUAAUACCAGGUACUUCGAAAUCAGUAACGGUCUGGAUAACCUUCCGAGAGCAUUUUAUGAAGCUCUCAGUGCUGUUGUUCUCCUGGACUCCAGAGCUGUCAGGAUAGAGCAGAGCAGAAAGGGUGUCACUGUGUUUUAUCAGAGCCAGAAGGAUUCCUCCGUCAUGAACGUCAGUGCUGAUUACCUGCUCCUCACUGCCACCGCCAAAGCCUCUCUGUUUAUAGACUUCUCACCCCCCCUGUCAGCCAGCAAGAUGGAGGCUCUUCGCUCGGUUCACUACUCCAGCUCUACCAAGAUCUUCCUGAGCUUUCGACAGAGGUUCUGGGAGAAAGAAGGGAUCUGGGGAGGGAAGUCGAUCACCGAUCUUCCAUCCAGGUUCAUCUAUUACCCCAGUCACAGCUUCCAGGGCACAGACGGAGGGGUGCUUCUUGCUUCAUACACCGCCUCAGACGACUCUGCCCUGUUCCUGGGGCUCAGCGAUCAGGAGUGUAUGGAGGUGGCUCUUGAAGAUCUCGUCAAGAUUCACGGAGGAGAGAUUCGCGCUCUCUGGGAUGGAGCAGGAGUGGUGAAGAAGUGGAGCUUAGAUCCAUACAGUCUCGGUGCCUUUGCCAUAUUCACCCCCUAUCAGCUGAAUGACUAUUCCUCCACUCUGUUCAAGAAUGAAGGGAGAAUCCACUUUGCUGGAGAGCACACUGCACUUCCACAUGCCUGGAUUGAGACAGCCAUGAAGUCGGCUAUCAGGGCAGCCAGCAACAUCAACAACGUUAGGCUGGAACAGUAACACUGUGAGCAUUGACAGCAUUCAAUUAGACAGCACUGCCCCUGCAUGACGGAUCCUGCCAGCCUCUCUCUCUCAUGCAUGACUGUUUAUUAGUAUUCUGUGAAUGAGUGAAGAGCUCUUGCACAGCAUGGGCUCAGCAUGGAUUUGCCUCGUUUUCUGGGUAAAUGAAUAUGAGAGCACUGCAUUAUCACACCAGAAAACAAGGACUGAAAAGAUCCGCUGCAGUCAUUCGUAUAGUUUCCAACAAACAUACUAACCCAUAAAACAAGCUCUUCUCUGCAAACACGACUGGCUGCUUUCACAGACCCUCAUCAGCCCUCUCGGAUCACUUCACCAAGAUGAGUGCUAACUGUGGCCUGUGAAACCAGCCAGGUAUUGAAAGAUUAACAGAUACACAAACUUUUUUUUUUGUGGCCAAAACUGUUUGAAUUUUUCUGUAAAUUCUUUGAAAACCUUUUUUUUUUUUUAAUAAGAAAUAUGACUUGCCAAUGGUGAAAGAUAUGAACUGUAUAUGAACAAAUGAAAGAAGUGCUUUGGUUGCAAAUUGAAUGAUACUGACUUUUAAACUGUGUUGAAGUGAGUUCUGUUUUACAGUUCUCACAGCACUGUGCUUCCUUGUAUCUGGAGAAAGUGAGUGAGGAACUCCACUGAGAUCAUCACAACACAGUCAGCUGGGACGCUUGCACAGCGCACAGUAUUUUUCAUUUUGUAUGCAUGUAUUAUGCAUUUCUCUGUAGUUAAAGUAUUAUGGAUUCUCUUGCUGUUACUGCAUCUUGUAAAGCGCUUUGUGAUGGUGAUCCACUAUGAAAGGUGCUAUAUACAAUAAAGAUUAAUUUUGU